ACAUUCAAGAUGGCAGCGCCCGUGCAGGCUGCUCGUGCUUCAGUGUCGUCUCUGAGAACAUUAUGGUGGCAUGGCGCAAGGCUCCGUCUUUUCCAUGGGAGACUUAUUGGGAGUUACCGACAAGCAUUUGACUUGCCUCAAAGACGGGCUUAUUGUUUGAGUAAGGACACUCCCGGUGCUUCGUCAUCACAUUCAUCAUUCUGUUCCAGGGGAACACUGCAGGAGGGUGAUGCUGAUGUCUUUGAACACUUUGCCUGGGUCUCUGAUAGAGCACCAGGGUUCUGGGUUAGUGGCAAUCAAAUCACAGUUCUGAAAGGACCCCAGGAAUAUUUUGAGACUCUCAAGGAACGGAUGGAAACGUGCAGACGUCGAGUGGUGCUUGCUGCCCUCUAUCUUGGCACAGGAACUCAGGAGGAGGAGCUUGUUGUCUCACUGUAUGAGGCAUGUAGGCGGAGCCGUCUUGCCAACUCUUCAACACCUCUUGAGGUUCAGAUCCUCCUGGACUGCACGCGAGGUUCCCGUGGGAAGCACAACUCCAGGACAAUGCUGCUGCCUCUCCUUCGGAACUUCCAGCCAGAGGUACGGGUGUCGCUGUAUCACACCCCAGACCUUAGAGGGUUCUUGAAGAAGAUGAUUCCGGAGAGAUACAAUGAGGUCAUUGGCCUGUCCCACCUGAAAGUUUGUAUCUUUGACGAUACCCUGAUUAUCAGCGGGGCUAAUUUAAGUGAGUCCUACUUCACAAAUCGCCAGGACCGUUACGUGAUGCUGGAAGACUGCCCUCGUUUGGCAGACUUCUUCCAGGAGCUUGUGUCCACUGUUAGUUCCUUCUCCUUCCAGCUGAACCCUGAUGAUAGUUUAACCCUUGACCCAGAAGUCGGCAUUCAUCCAUACGAAGGUGAUGAGCUGAACUUCAAGCAAGUUGCAAGGGACAGAAUACAGGAAGUCAUAGAUCCAUCCAAAUGGGACCAGUUUGGUGGUCACAUGACCAAACCCAGACACUCUAGCCACAGCCAGGAAACCAGACACAGUCACCGGCAGUCUAUAUGCAGAAAACAGAGGCAUCCUAAUGACGAAAUCACCACGUGGGAAUCGUAUAGGGGAAUGCACAAGGACGUCACCAGCUCCACAGACAUGACUGCUGGUUUAAUUGGUACCCAUCUGCCUUGCUCAGGAACAUCAAAGUUCUUAAGGACCAAGAAAAAUGACGGCACAGAAUCAACUUCAAGUUGUAUUGCCUCAAAUUCUGAGUCGUGUAUCCAGAGUGUCAAAUUGCCCAAGCAAAGCCAGUGUGGUAGUCAACCAACCAGCUCAAACAGCAAUUCGCACAGAAAUCAAGUUGGGGAUACCCUAGUGUUCCCUCUCAUCCAGAUGGGGUCAUUUGGGGUGACGGUGGACCAGGAUGUCACGUGUCAGCUUCUCAAAUCAGCUGAGGAGUCAUCACAUCUGGCCUUGGCAUCUGGCUACUUCAAUCUGACCAGAGAAUACAUGGACUUGGUGCUGGGGUCAAAGGCAACAUACAGUAUUCUGAUGGCAUCCCCUGAGGCCAAUGGAUUCUUUGGUGCAAGGGGUAUCUCGGGUUACGUGCCAGCAGCCUACACCUUUAUCGCCAGGAACUUUUUGAGGAAAGUCCGAUGGCGGAAUAAAGCAGACAAAAUCAGCAUGCAUGAAUACUUCAGGCAAGGGUGGACCUUCCAUGUCAAAGGUUUGUGGUACUACCUCCAUGGCGAGUCUCUGCCCUCACUAACCUUGAUUGGCUCUCCAAACUUUGGUCAUAGGUCAGUACAUCGUGAUCUUGAGGCACAGUUGGCAAUUGUAACAACCAAUGACAAGCUGCAGAAUCAGCUUCAUCAGGAGCGACAAGACUUCUUUAAUCAGUCAGAGGUCAUCACCUCAUCAACAUUCAGGAGGCAGGAACGCCGAGUCCCUCUCUGGGCUAAGAUAUUCACCCUCGUUGCCAGGAACUUUUUCUGAGGGUCUUCUGCCAAUGAAGUAUAACUUGGGGCUCAGUGCAGUGCCAUAAGCUGCCAUGAUGAACUUUGACCUCUGAGGAGUUGAUAACUGGUUGCUUCAUCAGUCAUGUACGGUAGAAUAUCCAUUGCCACGACAACAACUGUCAUGUGCUUUGGCUAUACCAAACCAGUUUAAUUGAAAACUAUCGUUGACCAUAGUUUUCCUGUGCUGUGAUUGUGUUUGUUGGAAGUAAAGGGGCUAGUCUUAUUGACUAUUCUAUUCCAACUAUUUUCAGUGUGACUACUGAAUCGCCUGCUGAAGGUGGUACCCUUGGAAGGUUGGUAGCCAUGUGCAUCACUAUGCAUAGCACUAUUGCAGGGAGCCAGUCAAGAGUUGAUUGCUUUGUCUAUGAGGCACAUGCACUCUGGCAUCAGCACACUGGUCAAACAUACAUCACAAAUGGACCCCUGUUGAAAAUUGCUCGAUGUCAAAGUUGGUCAGAUUGGCUCGGCAUUUUACAAACUUUUUUAUUCAGUGUACUACAUGUUUGUACCCAUCUGGUAGACUUGCCAGUGUAAUUAUGACGACUGCCUUGUUCAUAAUACGAAUCCAUUUAUAUUUUGUUCUAGGCAGAAUAUUUAUUAGUUUAUCAAGAUGUACAUGCAUCAAAUUAUUGAGUGCAGUAUUUCAGGAGUCAUUGUUUGAGAUGCUGUUAAUGGGUGCAAUUGGUGGAUCUGCACAAUUGCUGGAAUGCACUCUGCUGUUGGUCAGUCCUGUAAGAUUUCUCUUAAUCUCACUGCCAUCACUUGAUGACCUUCUAUUUUCAAUUCUUGGUCGUGGAAGAGUAGGUUGAAAAAAGGGGACAUUGAAUAAAAAAUGAUUGAAAUGUUCCCAAGGUAUGUCUUUAGGACGGCGGCAUGAGAAGAAUGCCUGGAGACUGUGUGAAGAACAAGUUCACUCAAACUAGCUGGUUUCUCGUACACCUUGAUAAAUGCUUAAGUUUACCAUUUUAAAAUCAAGCUUUAUGCUUUAAGCUCUGGAAAGGGUUACAAAUGUACUUGUCUGCAGUAUGCGCUAUGAUGGAGAAGCUUGUAUUGAUUGACAGCACUCCUGACAACAGUACCAUUGGUAUGUGAAUGUGCAAUAUUCAGGGGAGGGAAAUUUUGCCUGGUGCUCGUGCCGGAAAGUUGUUAAACAUCAGUGUGCUUUGCAGGCGCGGUUCUAGAGCCAAGUUUUCUGGGGGCAAGACUCAUCGCACGUGACGUCACCUGUUAAAUUGUGCUACUGCUGUUAGUUUUAUUUGUAUUUUUUUAGGGGGGGCUAGAGCCGUAGAAUGGCGCCAGGUGUUAUGCAAUGCAUUCCAACAAUGUUACCUGUAGUUGUUUGGUACUGUGGAGGUGAAAGAAUAGAGGUAAAUAUACACUGACAUUUCGGUGACAUGUCACCAAAUAUUUCACUCACAAGAGUGGACUGAAGGGCAAACCCGGAGUAGAUUUUCCUGUGACGAUGUCAUACUGUUGGAGAGAAUUUACACUUAUGCACCCAAACGAUGCUGGAAAAAGUCACAAAGGAGGCACAUUAUUGAAAAUCCCAUUGCUGGUCCUUCUAAUAUUUCGAAAUCGGUUGAUUAAGAAUUUCCUCGGUUGAACUGUUUAAAAACAAGUCAUUACAUUUUCUAAUAGAAUACAGCGGUCGAAAAGUUCA